AUGGAGUUUAAAGCUCCGGCGCCGGUAAAUGUUCAAUCAAGACAAUCGGCAAUACCCUCGGUUCCAUAUGAGAAGCCGGAUUGGAGUGGUCUACCAAAGAAUAACUAUACCUUUGAGGUCAUUAAAGGUGGAAUUAGUAUUGACAUGAUAGAUUUCCCGUCCAAGGAGUUUCUUGUGCUCGGCCCGGAGGAACCUCAGCAACAGAUAAUCAAACCUGUUUCAAAACCAGCGCCCGAAACGGUAGAGGUCACUUGGGGAUUUGCAGAAGAUGCAGAAGACGAGAGUGAGCUUUCAAUCACGGAAGCAAAAGAAUCAUGGAAACGGGAUGAAAACGCUUAUUAUUAUAAGGACCCUAAAAAGGCUUUGCGAAAUUGGUUUGAGAAUCGUGGAUAUGAUAUGGAAUUCGAAAGUGAACAAGAGGGUCCAGGUCAUGCACGAACAUUUACCUCACGGAUUCAAUUGCCAGACGUUGAGGAUGCGUACGGCCCAGUUUACGGCAUUGGAAGCGGUCCAAAGAAGAGGGAUGCUGAUAGACAAGCAGCGAUUGAUGCUUGCGAAAAAUUAGACAUGUUAGGAAUUCUGCGCGGAGGACAUGAUGAAGCUUGUAUGCAAUGCGAAUUUAUCAUGUACUUUUUAAUACGUGGUGCUCCAAAAUUAAAUUCAGAAUUCACUUUAGUGGCUAGGAAAAAGAGACUCAAGCAGUUGUUGGGUGAUGACUUGGACGACAACGAGAACGAUAGUUUUUAUGACCGGACGGGUCAAGCUGAUCGGGCGAAUUCAAGAAAGUCAUUAAAAUCAACAUCAAAAGUUGAGACUUAUGAAUCAUUGACGAAACAACGAGAAGAACUCGCGUUGCAAAUCGAAGAAUUGCAAAAUAAGAUAUCCAUAGUCAAAGUAGCGGAAUCAGAAAAAUCAUCUGCUUCAAAGAUGGAUGAUGAUUUGGAAAACUUUAUGGAAUCUAUAAAGAAUGAGAUAAACAAUGAGUCGGAAGCAAAUUUGCAGGAAAAACUACAAGGUUUAUUAAAGCAAGAUCAACGCCUCAAUCGAUUAAUCCAAAUCACAAAACCUCAUGAAAUUAUGAAAAAUAACAACCCCUCAUUGUCAUAUACACCACAUGAAAUAUCAAGAGACAGUCGAGAGCAUGAUAAAAGAGUCGAAAGAAAUGAGAAAAAUCAGGAGUCAAUUGAAAUCGAGAAGAUCAAAAUUGUAUCUGCUAAUAUUGAAGAAAUCUCAGAACACCAUAUGACCGAAUCAACUUCAGAGUUAAUUUCAUCGCAUCACGAAAGUUCCAUGAUAAGAUCAUCUACAUCAGUGUCAGGAUUAUCACCGACAAUCAUUCCGAGUAAAAGGACCGACUCGGGAGAGAAUGAUAAUGAUAGCACAUCACUGGGAGAAGAUGAAAGCAAUAACAGAAAGAAGAAAGUCAAGUCAUUGGUACCGAUGACUCCACAAGAAUACGAAGAAAGUCAAAGAAAGGCUAUGGAGUUAAAUGAACUGGAGGUUGAAGAUGCAAUAAUCUGGGAGCCGCCUCAAGGUCAAUCAGGGGAUGGUAGAACAGCGCUGAAUGACAAAUUCGGUUAUUAG